AUAACAGUACUGAAUGGUUAGUUGAACGAGUGAUCACUACCAGCUGUGACCACGAGUGACCACUUCCAACCGUGACCACGAGUGACCACUUCCAACCGUGACCACGAGUGACCACUUCCAACUGUGACCACGAGUGACCACUUCCAACUGUGACCACGAGUGACCACUAGCAACUGUGACCACGAGUGACCACUACUAAAUUAACGUGUGCAGCAUUGUGGGAAGAUGAUGGAGUACUCCGCCAGUAUCCGGUUGGAGGCAAUGUCCACACAGCCAAUAGGACCCGCUCUCCGACACUCGUUUGGGGUGGCUAUCAGUGGGUGUUUAAUGGGGAUUACUGUGGCCUACUCGGCUGGAGCGCUGGAUGAUAUGGGGGACGACUUUUACCUCAAGAAACCCUCCACUACUCAGCAGAUGAUGUUUUCUUCUCUAGCAGCUUUGGUAGCAUUUCUGUCAGGAUUGAUAUUCGGAAGAUUCGUAGUUCACAUCGGAAAGAAGCAUGCGUUAAUGAUUUCCGCUCUAUUCUAUUUCUUAGGGUAUUCUCUAAUAGCGUACAGCAAAGAGUACGUGCUCUUAUUUGUGGGACGAGGCAUUACUGGACUGGGACUCAGCAUCACCUGCCUCGCUUUAUCCCCCUACAUCUCAGAGAUCUCGCCAACAAAGCAUAGAGGAAAGUUCGCAUCGAUUAUGCAACUGCAGGUGCAGUUGGGUAUUCUAGUGAUCAACGUUCUAGCAGUGCUCGACCUUUCCUUCAGAUGGACUGCUUGCAUUACCUCCUCUAUUGCUGUUCUCAAUCUCUUUUUUAUUGCUAUCGCUCCUGAGACUCCAAGGUGGCUGAUGUCUAGAGCUAAAGUUAGAGAAGCAGAAGCAGCAUUAGAUACUCUGAUGGAGGAGGACCCGGACUUAGUUAAUGACGAGAUUGAAGUGCUACAAAGAAGUUGCAGGAUGGACGUGGUCAGUGAGGAGAAUGGUAGGGUUCCCUUCUUUAGUUCUCAGAACCUUAAACCUCUGUUCAUCAUGUGUGUUAUCAUGGCUCUCCAGCAAGGGACCGCCAUCAACGCUGUGUUAGCGGACUCUAACAGGAUAUUCAGAGAAAUAGGAUUCACAGAGCCGAGGACCUGCACUGCUGGGAUGUCAGCUGCGUUUCUUUUGUUCACUUUCGGGAGUGCAGCACUGACAGAUAAAGCGGGACGAAAACUACUGCUGACGGUAUUCGCGGUUCUGAUCGCAUUCUCCCUCGGACUAUUUUCUCUGGCUGGUUUCCUCAACAAAGGACUCCACAUGGCUCUCCUGACCCUCUCACUCGGAAGUUACGUCUUCUCAUUCUCCAUGGCUUGGGGCAGCAUCCCCUGGGUCCUGUCAGGGGAACUGUUCACAGUGCAGAACCAGGGUCGUGCUAUCUCUAUAGUCUCCGCGGUUAACUGGACCUUCAACUUUUUAACAGUCUUCACCUGGCCCCUGCUGGUUGAUGCCUGGAGCCCUAAGUGGGUGUUCCUAAUGUACGCAGUGUUCAUGAUCCUAGGGGCUGUGUUUGUUGCCGUGUUUCUGCCGGAGACAAAGGGGUUGACUCUCCACCAGGUGACGGAAUUGUUCGCCGCGGAUGCUCCACAGUAUGUGACUGUUGUUCACAGGGUGUCAAAUGAGAAUAGCAGUGGUAAUAUAAGGGGGGCAAGGACCCAAAAUAAUCAGCCUUACAUGUUUUAGUUUUGUUAUUUUGCUUUGUGAUCGUUCAUUCGCUUAAAUUAUGAUAGAUGUUAUAUUCCUUUAUUGAAACUCAAGUCUGACAGAUUUUAAAAAUUGAUCCGAACAAACCAAUCCAUCAAUACCAUUUGCGGGGAAAAAUAUUCAACCAUCUAAAAUUCAAAAUUAUGCUGUGUGUCAGGUCAGGGUUUUAGUAAUAGUAAGGGAAUCUUUAUAAUUCUUAUAGUCGCGAAAUUUUGGGAUGAUCAUUGUUUUGUAGUUUCGUAUUUUUGCAGUGUUUUAGUGAUUGAUUACAGACUUAUUUAGAUUAUUUUGUAGUUGUCGCGUGGAGUAUUUAUUUUGAUUUUUUGGUAAAUCGUUUUUGAUAAACAAUUUUUGUAACAAUUUUCAGACUUUUUAUGACUAUGUCUUACUGUCUUAACUCUAAACUAAGCCAUUGACUUUCAGCUUUUUUGAGUACAAAUAAACCGUUUAAAAUAUAAUCGUUUCUCCUUGGUGUGAAUACAGUUGUUGGGUGGUAAAUUUUAUGUAUUUAAAACAUUGUAAAAUGUGAUUGUUGAAAUUCAUAAUUUUAA